AUGAAAUUGGUUAUCAAGAUUUUACCAACUCUUCCUGGUCGAAUUGUACUUGAUAGAAAUGUCAAGAAAAAAACUUGCAAAGAAUUACAAAUUAUUAAUCAAAACGUAGCCACUUACUCAAGAAAAACUACGUUGAGGGCUGAAGUGUGUGCUCCUAAAUGUAUAUAUUUAUGCUGCCCUGUUUCUGGAUGUAAAAAACAAAAACCAUAUAUUAUCAAAGGGUCUUUUACAAAUCAUUUGAAAGCUAAACAUCAAUUUUCAGACGAAGAAGCAGAAGCAACAGUUGCUCAAUUAGAAUGUUUGCAAUUUUCUGCUCAAUUAGAAAAAGAUGUUGCUUUUAGGAAACAAAGUUGCAAAAACAAUUAG